AUGAUGAAUAAUAUAAAUUAUUAUAAUCCGAAUUAUUAUUACUAUUAUCCUCCUAAUUAUAACACCAAUUACUACUACCAACCCCUGUAUAAUAAUUACAACUAUAAUAUCAACACUAAUUUCAACACUAAUACUUUCUAUAAUAAUUCCUCUAACAGAAUAGAUAAUAACAAUAGAAGUAACAACUUUACUAAUAAUGGAAGGAACUAUAACAGGAAGACGAUUUGCGAUGUUUGCAAUGUGUAUUUUAACAAUGAAAAGCAGUUGUUGGAUCAUAUAAAUGAUUUACAUAUAACUUGUAACUACGAAAACUGUAACUUCAGCGCCCCUCUAAGUAUUCUGGAAAUACACAAAUUAAAACAUGUAAAAAACGAAGAGGGUAAAACUAUAGACUCCAAGGAUGAAAUUAAAAAGUGGAUCAAUUCUAGGAUUAAGAAUUUCCCAAAACAUAACUCCAGUGAUUCUACAACCAUUGACUUAACUUCCCAGGAAAAUAAAGGAAAAAUUUUCAACUCUCCUUCCAAGGAUAAUAUAAUUAAUAAAGACGGAAUUGUUAGUAAAGAAGAAUUGAACAAUGGUGAAAUUAAUGGAAAAGGGCCUGAGUUGGAAGAAAUGAGUAUACUGGAGAGGUACUUAAGAAGUAAAAUGAAUAAUGGGAGAUUUGAUGAAAGAAAUAGUAAAAAGUCAAUUGUGUUUCCAUAUUUAAAUAAAAUAUAUAAACAACCAAGCGCGUUGGUUAGAUACACAAACCCUGUAAAAUAUGAGCAGAUGUUAAAGAGGCUGGAAUCUGUAAAAUCACCAUACAGUUACAAAUCAUCAAUUUAUGAAAUUAACAAAUUUAAAAACGGCGUUAGGAGAAAUAUUUAUUCCGUUCCUAUUCGUCCCCCAGCGGUUUUGCAGUUGAUUCGUAGUGACGUUGAAAAGUUGGACAAUAGUGUGGUGAAUAUCAUUAAAUAUAUAGUAAACAAUAAUUUUUUAAAUUGA